CAGUCAUUCCUUUCCUUCUUCUUUCUUUAUAUAUAUAUAUACCUUCCAUUCUUUAUUAAAAACAAAUACCAUUCCACUCUUUUUAUAUAUACAUACUUAUAUAGAUGGCUACUUCAACAUCUUCUGUUCGAGUGGCAGUAAGAGUACGACCUUUGACAGAAUCAGAACAACAACAUCAUUGUAAAAACAAUAUUACUUUUGUUCCCAAUGCACCUCAAAUUAAUGUUGGCAACGACCGUUCUUUUACUUUUGACUAUACUUAUCCACCUCUAACAAGUCAACAAGAAGUAUUUGAUACUUGUGUUAUUCCUCUGGUUAACAAAUAUAUGGAAGGUUAUAAUUCUACUAUCCUGGCUUAUGGUCAAACUGGAUCAGGGAAAACGUUUAGUAUGGGAAUUGGAUUAGACUCAGCUAUGAAUCCUGUGCAUGAAGGAAUUGUACCUUUAUUUAUCAAGACUCUCUUUGAACAAUUGGAACGAAAACAAACGGUAGAAAAUAAUCAAUUUGAAGUAUCUGUGUCUUUUUUGGAAUUAUAUAAUGAAGAUAUUGUGGAUUUACUUUCUCCAAGUAAAAAGGAAAUGCCAAACUUGUCUAUUCGAGAAGAUCAUCAUGGGAACAUUCAUUGGUCUGGUGUACGUGAAGAAAAAGUAUUCAAUUCCAAGGAGUUAUUCGAUUAUCUCAAAAAAGGUUCCAUUGCACGAACAACCGCUUCAACUGAUAUGAAUCAUACUUCAUCUAGAUCUCAUGCCAUUUUUUCCGUCAUUCUCAAACAAACUCUUUUCGACGUCGAUCCUCGGGAACAUGAUAAUGAUGAUCAAUUACCUGUUUUGGAUCCUCUUCCUACUACUGGUGGCAAAUCUCCUUCCAUUAGUGGUUCUCAUAUUUCCCCUGCGUCUACCACUACUGCUGCUAUUCUUAGUCCUACUUCAAGUACCAAUUCUACUGCUUCUUCUUUGUCCAAUUCUUCUCCUUUGACAGGGCGAACUUUGAUAUCCAAGUUUCAUUUUGUUGAUUUGGCAGGCUCUGAAAGGUUGAAACGAACGAAUGCAGUAGGUGACAGGGCAAAAGAAGGUAUUUCUAUUAAUUCUGGUUUAUUGGCUCUUGGCAACGUUAUCUCAGCUCUAGGUGAUGAAUCAAGAAAGGUGUCUCAUAUUCCAUACCGUGACUCCAAGUUGACUCGCUUAUUACAAGAUUCUCUUGGUGGAAAUAGUCAAACUUUGAUGUUAGCAUGUGUAUCUCCUGCAGAUCUCAAUCAUACUGAAACUCUCAAUACCCUCAAAUACGCUAAUCGUGCUAGAAACAUUCGAAAUCGGGUUACCAUUAAUCAAGAAUCAACAAAUAGUGGUGGUGUAGGAAAUCCUGAAACAGAACAACGUCUCAAAGCCAUUAUCAACAAACUUCGUGGACAGUUACAAGGGAAUGAUGACUUUUUACGAGCAGUAAAUGAUGAAAUGGAUGGACUCAAAUUGACAGUACAACAACUUGAACAUUCUAGUCAAGUGAUGGCAUCAGAAUUAGCUCAUGUGAAAUGUGAAAGGGAUCUUAUCCAAACCAAAUUACAACAACAAGAACAAGGUGGAGAGAUCGAUGAUAUUUUACAACAAAUGAUGAACGAAUAUACACUUACCAUUGAACAACUACAAUUACAAUUACAACAACAACAACGACAACAUCUUUCUUUAACUGUUCAACGUGAUAAUUCACCUCCAACGCCUCCAGCAGAAGAAGAAGAUGGACAACAAUUGAAACAACAACAGCAACAACAUCAUCAUCAACAUGAUCAAGUCAAGGAUGUGAAAAAAAAGCGACAUAGUUAUCGUAUUGGUAGUCUGAGACGAUCUGCAAAAGGUAGACAUAGAACUAGUAUUGGACCCUCCACAUCAAAAGCAAGCCCAAAGUCUGAUUCAUCUUCGACACUUCGUAAUAAUGCCAAGCAAAUCAAGGCAAGCAUCCGACAGGAUACUCAAUUUAUUCAAGCAACGCUGGCGUCACUUGAUUCCCUUGAUUUAGACUCUCCUACUGAAGAAGUAAGCGAAGAUGUAUUUUCCGCAAAGCCUGUAUCAGCAAAAUCAUGUCAGCCUCCUAUGAUCACACCAGCUUCAUUAUGCCGACAAUUGAUUCAACGCUUCGAAAAAUGUGUGAACGGGAAACAACAACUUUUACAACAAUUGGAUCAAGCUGAGCAACAGAAACGAGAUUCUCUGCAACUAUUAGAACGAAAACUGGCAGAAGAAAAACAAAAAAAGACACAAGCACAAGCUCAACACAAACAAAAAAUCAAUGAACUCAAUCAACAACAUGAACAAAAACAACGCAAGCAAUUGACAGAACUACAAACAUUACGACGCAAACAUACUCAACUUGUCAAUAGUUCAGCAACCACUCGUACUCAACAGGAGAAUGCCAUUCGAAACCUCAAAACUUCUUUAGAAGACGCUAAGCAUGAAAAGAAAAAGGCCAUGAAACGAAUGAAACAAGAAUUGAAUCGAUAUCGAGAAAAAUGCCAACAACAUGAACGUGAAGUGGAAAAGAGUAAACGAUUGGAAAAACAAAUCAGUCAAACAAAGAAAAAACUAGAACGGGAUCUUGGACAAGCGCGAGCAUUGAACAAGAAACUUAGUGAUGAUCAUCAGACUCUCCAAAUGCAAGUCAAGCACAUGACCUUAGUUAAGAAAGCCGGAAAUUCAUCUCAACAAACAACAGGUCUCAAAAUAGGUGGUCCUUGUCUUCUUCCUACACCUCCAACUUCUAAUGUACAUCAUCGAUCUUUUGGAAAACGAUCUGUUAGAAAGGACACCAAUGCGAAGUUUGUUUCUUUACAACAAAGGGUGAUAGAGCGCAAACGUCUCAUCCUUCGAGCCAUUACUGCUUAUACCAAGAGUCAAUUACCAGUGGAUAAAAUCAAGGAACUUUAUGAAAAGCGUGAUCGUCUUGUACAAGAACAAGAAGAAUUAUUGAAAGAACGUGAAUUAGUGGUUCAAGAACAACAAAAAGAACAACCGGAUACGGGAGAUAUUGCACUGACACCACAAUACAUGGAUGAACGUAUCGAAAUCAUCACACCUCAAGUGGAUUGGCUAACUUACUGUAUUGAACAAUUGGAAAAAAGUGUCUCACAAACUUCUUGUCAUGGUACUAAAAUAGUAGAUGAUGAUUGGGUGGAUGUGGUUGAUCAAGAUAUUCAUAUUGUGACGGAUGUGACGACCAACGAAACAGGAAAGUCUGGUUAUGAUAUUGCUCUCUCACUUGUACGUACUUUGGAAAAGGAAGAAACACAGUUGGUAUGUGAGUCAUUAAUGGAGGAUUUGAUUCAACUCAAGCAAGAUCAUGAUACCCAACAAAUGCUGACUGGUCAUCUUGCAACAACAUUGACUCGACAUCAAGAAGCUUUGAUUCGUAUGCGACGGCAGGCUAUGGACGAUGAUCCUCUUGGUAAAGGCAAUCAUCUCAGGGAUCGAUAUUAUCAACAGGCUUUCCAUGGAACUACUCGUAUUUGGAAUGGUCUGGUCUUAUUGGCUCCUUCUACACAAUAUUGAUUUUACAUAUAUAUAUAUAUAUUAUAUACCAUUUUAUUAUACUCUAUUGAUCCUUUUUUUUUUUACCAUCACUUUAGAAUAGUACUCAUAGAUGACCUUAUUAUUAUAUUCAUCAUUUGAUGAUUACUAUUGAAUACACCUAUAAUAAACUUAUUCAAACCAUAUCCGGAAAAAACAUGUGCUACCUUUAGACUCCCUUUUAUCCCCACAGUUUUCAUUUGAAAUAAACAACACGUCCCCCCCCAAAAAAAAGUUGAUCUUUUUUUUUGACCCUUUCAUGAUCA